AUGUCAUCACAAUUUGGUUCCAAUUUAAUUCUCGCUGAUAUUAAGAUAUCGACUUAUAUGCAUAUUUUCAUUGUACAUGUUGGAUUGUUUUUGGAGAGAUAUGGCAACUUGGAGUAUCUCCACAAACCACAACAACAAGAGCAACAACAAGAACAACAAAAACAUGAACAACAACAAGAGCAACAAGAACAACAAAAACAGCAUCUAUCCAACAGAUUUCAACUAGUAUCUGUAUUGUAUGGUGUUGACGAAAAUAUAGAUAGUGCUUAUUAUUCUUGGUGGGAUGGUCACAUUAUAGAUUAUAAUAAGAAAGAUAAUACAUAUAGAGUUGCAUUCAAAGAUGAAGUAAUUGCUAACUAUUACAGUGUUGAUUAUAUUACAAUACAAAGUGCAACAGAAAGUAUUUCGAAUGAUAGAUUGGUAGAAGGUAGAUAUGUAUUGUAUACUUACAAAACUGAUAAAACCCAUGUUUUCUAUGCUGCUGUUAUAAACUCUAUAAUAACUAAGAAAAACAAAAAAACUCUAACAAUUAGACUAUUAAAAACUAAUGAAAUAAUUGAAAAUGUGAAUCCUGAUGAUUGUUAUGAAUUCUUUAUUGAAAAUCAUCAAGCACAAGCAUUUUUUCAUUGA